AUGUCGCCUCUUCCUAAUAGGGACGACGUCUUGUCGGGGGCAGCGCUGGGAGAGAUGAACAAUUUAUCGCGCGCGAUCAUCGCGUCGCUCGUAGUCGCGCCUGGAUCGUUAUUCAUUCAAAACCAAUCACAUAAGGAUUCCACAUCAGGUGGCAUGGCGGAGCAGGAGCAGCAGGUUCGAUCCUCGUCCAGCGAGAGCGAAACCUUCGAGAAGAUCGAGUCGGCCGAUGACACGGCAUCCAAUGGAAAGAACCCCAACUUCAUUUUUGGCGACGAUGUCCCUGAUGACAUGGAAGACGAGGGUCCCUCGCACGAGGGCCGCGACACCUUCCCCAACGCGCCCCCUCCCAACAUAAGGAGAAUGCUCACGCCGGCUCAACAGCUGGCGUUGGCAGAGAAGAGAAGUACGCUCAGGCCUUCUAUGUCCCAGGGUACUGUCAUCCAUAGCCAACGUUUCCAAGAAAAAGAUUUCACAGUUGCCACACCGGAAGAGUUUGUCAGGAGAUUUCAGGGCACGAAACCCAUUAAUAAAGUGCUGAUAGCAAAUAAUGGUAUAGGAGCAGUCAAAUGCAUGCGUUCUAUACGAAGAUGGUCAUAUGAGAUGUUCAAAAACGAACGCGCUGUGCGUUUCGUUGUUAUGGUUACACCAGAAGACUUGAAAGCAAAUGCAGAAUACAUAAAGAUGGCUGAUCAUUAUGUACCCGUGCCUGGUGGCUCGAACAACAACAAUUAUGCCAAUGUGGAGCUAAUUGUGGACAUUGCUGUCAGGACUCAAGUGCAGGCGGUGUGGGCCGGGUGGGGACACGCUUCAGAGAACCCAAAGUUGCCAGAACUAUUGCACAGGGCAGGGGUGGUAUUCAUCGGUCCCCCAGAGAAGGCGAUGUGGGCAUUAGGCGACAAGAUUGCAUCCUCCAUCGUAGCGCAGACAGCAGACAUCCCAACACUGCCAUGGAGCGGGAGCGAACUAAAGGCACAAUACAACAGCAAGAAAAUCAAAAUAUCAUCGGAGCUGUUUGGCAAAGGGUGCGUGUCAACGCCGGAACAGGGAUUGCAAGCAGCACAUAAGAUUGGAUUUCCAGUAAUGAUCAAAGCAUCAGAGGGUGGCGGCGGUAAGGGUAUCAGGAAAGUGGAAAACCCUGAUGACUUUGCCAAUAUGUUCAGACAGGUGCAAGCGGAAGUCCCCGGAUCGCCAAUAUUUGUGAUGAAGCUUGCAAAGUCUGCUCGACAUUUGGAGGUGCAGCUCUUGGCUGAUCAAUAUGGUAACGCCAUCUCUCUGUUCGGCCGUGACUGUUCCAUACAGCGGCGGCAUCAGAAGAUCAUAGAGGAGGCACCGGCGGCAGUCGCUCAGCCGGACGUCUUCAUUGAGAUGGAGAAGGCCGCCGUCCGCCUGGCGAAGAUGGUGGGCUACGUGAGCGCCGGCACGGUGGAGUACCUCUACGACCCGAGCACAGGCUCCUACUACUUCCUCGAGCUGAACCCUCGGCUGCAAGUGGAGCACCCCUGCACGGAGAUGGUGGCGGACGUCAACCUGCCCGCUGCGCAGUUGCAGAUUGCCAUGGGCCUGCCGCUCUAUCACAUCAAAGACAUCCGUCUGCUAUACGGGGAGUCCCCGUGGGGAAUGUCGCAGAUCGCCUUCGACGAGCCGAAGCAGCGACCUUCACCCUGGGGCCACGUCAUUGCCGCAAGGAUCACAUCGGAGAAUCCAGACGAGGGUUUCAAGCCUUCUUCUGGAACAGUCCAGGAGCUGAAUUUCAGGUCGUCUAAGAAUGUUUGGGGCUACUUCAGUGUGGCAGCUUCAGGAGGCUUGCAUGAGUUCGCUGACUCACAAUUCGGUCACUGCUUCUCCUGGGGUGAGACGAGGGAACAGGCUAGGGAGAAUCUAGUGAUAGCCCUAAAAGAGCUGAGCAUCCGUGGGGACUUCCGGACUACGGUGGAGUACCUCAUCACAUUGUUGGAGACCACUGCCUUCCAGGAGAAUAACAUUGACACCAGCUGGCUGGAUGCUCUCAUUGCAGAGAGGGUGCAAUCUGAAAAGCCCGACAUCAUGCUGGGCGUGAUAUGCGGCUCCAUACUGAUCGCGGACAGCAUCUUCACCACUCAUUUCCAGGAGUUCAAGAGUGCCCUCGAAAAGGGUCAAAUCCAAGCCUCCGGUCAGCUGUCUAACUGCGUGGAGGUUGAGCUGAUACACAGUGGGCACAAGUACCGCGUUCAGGCCACCAAGUCUGGUCCCACUUCCUACUUCCUGGCGAUGAACGGCAGCUUCAAGGAGUUGGAGGUGCACAAGCUCACCGAUGGCGGCACCCUGCUGUCGGUGGACGGCGCCUCGUACACCACGUACCUGAAGGACGAGGUGGACAAGUACCGCAUCGUGAUCGGCAACCAGACGGUGGUCUUCGAGAAGGAGAAGGACCCCUCGAAGCUGCGCGCGCCCUCCGCCGGCAAGCUCAUCAACACCCUCGUCGAGGACGGCGGCCACGUCGACAAGGGGCAGCCCUAUGCCGAGAUCGAGGUGAUGAAAAUGGUGAUGACCCUCCUGGCGCCGGAGUCGGGCAAAGUGACGUGGUCGCUGCGGCCUGGAGCUGUUCUGGACAUGGGCGCGCUCAUGGGGACCCUCGAACUGGACGAUCCCUCGCUGGUAACAACAGCUCAACAUUACAAGGGACAGUUCCCUCUAGAGGAUAACCCACAGCUCUCCGAGAAGCUCAAUCAUGCCCACAACAAGUACAGGGCCAUAUUAGAGAAUACGCUAUCAGGUUACUGCUUACCGGAGCCAUACAACACGCCCCGCCUCCGCGAGGUGGUGGAGAAAUUCAUGCUGAGUCUACGCGACCCCUCGCUGCCGCUCUUGGAGCUGCAGGAGGUGCUGUCGUCCACCUCCGGCCGCAUCCCCGUGGCGGUGGAGAAGAAGGUGCGGAAGCUGAUGGCCCUUUACGAGCGCAACAUCACCAGCGUGCUCGCCCAGUUCCCCAGCCAGCAGAUAGCCAGCGUCAUCGACCACCACGCGGCGUCGCUGGCGAAGCGGGCGGACAGAGACGUGUUCUUCAUGAGCACUCAGGCGUUGGUCGUUUUGGUGCAACGCUACAGGAACGGUAUCCGGGGUAGAAUGAAGGCCGCCGUCCACGACCUUCUGAAGCAAUACUACCAGGUCGAGAGCAAUUUCCAACUUGGCUCUUACGACAAGUGCGUGAUGGCGUUACGUGACCGCUACAAGGAUGACAUGCAAGCGGUAGCCAACAUCAUAUUCUCUCACAACCAGGUUGCCAAGAAAAAUCUGCUGGUGACGCUGCUCAUCGACCACCUGUGGUCCAACGAGCCGGGCCUGACGGACGAGCUGGCCGCCACGCUCAACGAGCUCACCUCGCUGCACCGCGCCGAGCACAGCCGCGUGGCGCUGCGGGCGAGACAGGUGCUGAUAGCCGCUCACCAGCCGGCCUACGAGCUGCGCCACAACCAGAUGGAGUCGAUAUUCCUGUCGGCCGUGGACAUGUACGGCCACGACUUCCACCCGGAGAACCUGCAGAAGCUGAUACUCUCCGAGACCUCGAUCUUCGACAUCCUGCACGACUUCUUCUACCACACUAACGCUGCGACCAUGCGUGUCCUCGAAAUUAGCGCCUAUUUCAAGCCU